CUGCGUUGUUUUCUAAAUCAAGACUUCUCGUGAACAGGAUCCCAUUUAGAAUGGUUUCCUAUCGGAUGCGUCUAAAAGGUAGACCAUCAAUGUUGGUGCUCCUUGUAGUGGUUUUUACCAAUUUGAACAUUUUUGGCACAGGACCCGCUGCUGGAGUCUCUGGAGGUGCCGUCAUGGAUCACGAUCUCACUCGCACCCACAUGCUCGCAGUGAAAAGUGCCCAUCUCCAUUCCGACCACCAGGACGCAACUGUAUCAGCCGGAGGUAUGGCCACCAGUGAUCAAGGAUCCCAGUUUAAUACAGAAGAACACCAAUCCGAUCCUCAAUCUUAUACUCCAAAAGCUGAAACCAUUCCUGUAGCCGGGGAAGAACCUAAUCCAGAUCUGACAAGUUCCAACGAGUGGGAGGACAUUCCGUACGUCAUCUGCUACGGACCCAAUGUGGCUCAGCAGACCAUUGGGAACUUGGGGCUUAUCUUCCUGAUGGCGAUCCUUGUUGUGAGCAAUUGAAAGUAAAUAUGUGGAAAAAAAAAAAUACAAUUUAAUAAGAUUGGUAUAUUUAAUAAAAAUAUAUUUACUGCAUAGCA